AUGGGCUCCAACAUUGUCGUCGUCGGGUACGAACUCCCUUGCGAGAUACGAAUCCCAACACUAACGAUAUCCCAGUGCUGGAGUCAGUGGCCUUACUACAGCAUGGCAAUUGGCUAAGAAUGGCGGGCAUAACAUCACAAUCAUCUCGAAACACAUGCCUGGAGACUACGACAUCGAAUAUGCUUCACCUUGGGCUGGAGCGAACUACCUUCCGUAUGUGCAGCACCUUAUCGCUGAGUCAUUCUGCCAUCUUUGGUGUGAGAUGAUGCUCGUAGUUAUCGCUGAAUUCUUCCCUCAGCGUCGCCAAGCCUGGCAGUCCUUCGGAGUCCUAUGAGCGCAACACAUGGCCGGAACUGGAGAGGUUAGCAAGGGAUAUGCCAGAGUCUGGAAUCCAUUUUCAAGGUAAGAGAACUCCGGAUCGAAUGCAAGUGUAGAGCUGAGCGCAGAUCAGAUACCUACUUGUACCGGAGAUCGAAGGACAGAGACUCGCCUGUGGCAGAUUGGUUCAGCGAGCUCCUCAGAGAGGAUGCGUGGUUCAAAGACGUUGUCCCAAAUGUAGGUGUCCACUUCCAAGACCGAAAUUACAGACUGUUGACGUUCCGAAUAGUUCAGGGUUUUGCCAAAGUCAGAGCUUCCGUCUGGUAUGGACAGCGGCACGGCGUUCACAUCAGUAUGCAUUAAUACGGCCUUCUACUUACCGUGGCUGGCGUCACAAUGCCUUAAACUUGGUGUUGUUAUACGCAGAGGCGUCGUCAACCACAUCACAGACGCUGCAAAGCUCCACCAUACCGGUACACCAGCAAAUCUCAUCCUCAACUGUACUGGUCUGUCGUCACUCAAACUCGGUGGCGUAGAAGACCGCAAUUUAUACCCAGCACGGGGCCAGAUCGUUCUAGUCCGCAACGAGCCGGGGAUCAUGGCCUCGACUUCCGGAACAGACGACGGCCCCGACGAAGCAGUGUACAUCAUGAAUCGAGCAGCUGGCGGAGGCUGCAUCCUCGGUGGCUGCUUGCAGAAAGAUAACUGGGAGAGCCAGCCGGACCCAAACCUCGCGAACAGAAUCAUGAAGCGUGCGAUUGAGCUGUGUCCAAAGCUGGUUCCCGAAGGCAAAGGAAUUGAAAGCUUGAGCGUUAUCCGUCAUGGUGUUGGACUACGGCCGAUGCGACAAGGUGGUAUCAGGAUUGAGAAGGAGACUAUCACGAGUCCAGAUGGUCGCAAGGUCCAGGUUGUGCACAAUUACGGCCAUGGAGGGUAUGGUUACCAGACAUCUUUCGGCUGUAGUCAAGCGGUGGAGAAGCUUGUCAGCGAGUCUCUGCAGCAGAAGGCGAGGCUGUAAGAUCUUCUUGGUAUGCGAGUGUGAAUGAUUCUAUCCUGUUGCUUUCGUCUUGUCCCGAGGUCUCAGGGCGCGGCGUUCUCGUCGCAAGAUCUCCAAUGUAGGAAGUACCGCAUCGUUGCUCCUGUCGCCCUGGCUUCUGUUCGUCUGCCAGAUGACAUGCGCGCGUGGACAAAGAGCAAAAGCAGAAAGAAAGCGCAGGCUGAAGUGGAUCGCAAUCGCCCAAAGAUGAUGCAGGGGGUGACGUUGCGCAAAGCCAAAAAGCUCAGACCUCUCAGCGCCAGCUUCGAGGAUCAAGCAGCCAGGCUGGCCGGUUUUGGCUUCUAACAACAACAGGACGAACGACCACACAGCACCCACAUCCCAAACCCCCAGAACGAGACCAUCUCUGCUACGCCAUCACCCGAAUCCACGCGAUAUAGCCUGCGACCAUGGACUUUUCCGAUAUCUUGUCCGUGGACCUCCGCGACAGCUGUCUGCCCGGAGAGCUCUUGAGCUGAUGUUUCUGCAGUCGCAUCGUCAACCUCGCGGUGGGAGUGUUUCUUAUCCUGGGUGGUGUUGGACAAUUCUUUCCGAUUAGCGUGUAAGAGAUUGCGAAUGCUAGAGAGGAUGUGAGUGGGUGGUUAAUGGCUGCGACAGGCAGAGCACCAUCAUUGCGGUAUACCUGUUCAUCUUUGGCGUGUGUAUGUUUCACCCCGAGCUCCACACUUACACUGGAUAUGCGCUGACCGACUCUUCCUUCUAGCGACCGCGCUCCUGGGUACGCCGAAGCAGAUUCCUGACCUGCUGCGAACAUGCGAUGCUUACCGUUUCCUCCGCAGAGUUUCAGAUCCCGCCACAGAUCGCGCGUUAUGGGUCCUUCAUGUUCUCCUUCAUUGGGAGAGGAGUUUGUAAGAGAUGCCACACUGUAACAGAUGAGAUGAAAGACAGAUGUGCUGAUGUUGCUAUGCGCAGUGUACCUUCUCCUGGGCUGCAUAACCAUGGGCGACCACUGGUGGAAGUACACGGCUGGCGCUAUUGUCGCAGCUGUCGGAAUUGCAUACAUUGCCCUGGAGUUCGUUCCUAGCAUUGAGCCGCCGGCGAACAUGAGGUAAGGGAAGAAACGGGCAAGAGUGCUGGAGUAUACUAACGACAUGGCAGAGAUGCUGAUGCCGGAUGGGGCGCCGAGCAAGUCUAG